ACAGGAAAUGAGUACAUCUCUGGGAUUGGUGUCAUUUGAGGAUGUGGCUGUGGACUUCACCUGGGAGGAGUGGCAGGACCUGGUUGAUGCUCAGAGGACUUUGUACAGGGAUGUGAUGCUGGAGACCUACAGCAACCUAGUGUCGUUGGGACACUGCUUUACCAAACCUGAGCUGAUCUUCAAAUUGGAGCAAGGAGCAGAGCCAUGGAUGUUAGAAGAACCAGUCCAGAACCUCCCAGAUGUCCAGAUAGUUGAUGAACUAAUUGAGAAGAGUCAUGAAAGUCAUGAUAAACAUUUGUGGCAUGUUGAGCUCACUAAGAGCAACACAUCAACUGAAGAAAGAGUUGAGGGAAAAACAUUUAAUUUGAGCUCAAACUAUAUUUCAACUGGAAACUAUUCAAGAAUGAGGUCUGAGGAGUUUAAUGUGUGCCAGAACACACUUGUUUUUAGAGAGCCUGAUGAGAUGCAUGCUACAGAGAAAGCUGAAGGCCACACUUUAACUGGGAAAUUGUACAGACAUCAUGAACAUCUUAGUCAGCAUAACAAGGUUCAAUCUGGGCAACAUCAUUUUGAACAGAGUGAACAAGAGAAAGCCUUCAACACAGAGCCAAUAAUAUUUACACAUAAGAAGAUUCAUACAGUAGAGACAUCCUGUAAAUAUAAUCAACAUGGAAAAUUAUUGGAUGAGCUAGCUUUGAUUGCCCAAGAUAUAAGUCAGGUAUCUAGGAAAACGUUUCAAUGUGGUGUGUGUGGGAAAACAUUCUAUAUAAAGCAUCAACUCACUAAACAUGAAAAAAUACACACAGGAGAAAAACUCUAUAACUGUGAAUGUGAAAAAACUUUCAUUAAUAAAUCACAUCUUACUUCACAUAAGGGAACACGAAUUCACACAGGUAAGAAAUCAUAUAACUGUAAUGACUGUGGGAAGAUGUUUGACCAAAAGUCAGCCCUUGUUAGACAUGAACUAAUUCACACAGGUGAGAAAACAUAUGAAUGUAAACAAUGUAAGAAAAUAUUCUACAGUAAGUCACAGCUCAAUGUACAUCAGAGAAUUCAUACAAGGGAAAAGUCCUAUGGAUGUAAUGAGUGUGGAAAAAUCUUUCUCCAAAAGUCACACCUCAACAGGCAUGAGAGAAUUCACACAGGUGAGAAACCAUAUGAAUGUAAAGAAUGUAGGAAAUCUUUCUACUAUAAGUCUGCCCUCACUAUACAUCAGAAAAUUCAUACAGGUGAGAAGCCCUAUGAAUGUAAAGAAUGUUGGAAAUCUUUUUACACUAAAUCAUACCUCAAUGUACAUCAGAGAAUUCACACAGGUGAGAAACCAUAUGAAUGUAAAGAAUGUAGAAAAACUUUCUACAGUAAAUCAUACCUUAAUGUACAUCAGAGAAUUCAUACAGGUGAGAAACCUUAUCAAUGUAAUGAAUGUGGAAAAAGCUUUACCCUGAACUCACACUUCAAGAUUCACCAGCGUAUUCACACAGGGGAAAAGCCCUAUGCAUGUAAUGAGUGUGGAAAAACCUUUCACCAGAAGUCACACCUCAGCAGGCAUGAGAGCAUUCAUACAGGUGAGAAACCAUAUGAAUGUAAAGAAUGUGGGAAAACUUUCUACAACAAAUCACACCUCAACAGGCAUCAGAGAAUUCACAUAGGUGCGAAACUCCAUGAAUGUAAUGAAUGUAGAAAAACCUUUCAGCAGAAGUCUGACCUCACAAGACAUAAGAGAAUUCACACAGGAGAAAAACCCUAUGGUUGUAAUGAAUGUGGAAAAACCUUUUACCGGAAGUCAGAUCUCACUGUACAUCAGAGAACCCACACAGGUGAGAAACCAUAUGAAUGUAAAGAGUGUGGGAAAACUUUUAACCAAAAUUCAGACCUCACCAGACAUCAGAGAAUUCACACAGGUGAGAAACCAUACGAAUGUAACAAAUGUAGAAAAACUUUCCACCGUAAAUCAAACCUUAAUUCACAUCAGAGAAUUCAUACAGGUAAGAAACCAUUUGGAUGUAAUGACUGUGGGAAGAGGUUUUGCCAGAAUUCAGCCCUUGUUAGACAUGAGAGAAUUCACACAGGGGAGAAAAACCUAUGA